AUGGCUGAUCUGUUGCACCAGAGUCUCCGUUCAAUGUCUAUUGACGAUGAUGAGGUGCCUCUUACACUACCGGACAGUCCGAGAUUCCAAGUAGUUGAUGGUAAUUCGCUGAGUUUGUUGGGUAGGCUGCUGAACCCGGAUUGUCAGAUCAUGGCGAAGAUGAUAGACUACAUGCCGACGGCGUGGCGUGUCUAUGGAAGAGUUAGGGGUAUGGCCCUAUCUAGAGACAGAUUUCAGUUUAUCUUCCAGAGAGAGGAAGAUCUCCUAACUGUUCUCAAAGAUCGCCCUUGGUCAUACAACCACUGGCCAAUGGUUCUGGAGAGAUGGACGGAGAACCCUGCACCUGAUUUCCUCCGUUACAUGCUGAUUUGGAUCCGCAUCAAAAACAUUCCAAGCAAGUUCUUCACUGGUGAUACGAUGUACAUACUUGCAUCUGAAGUAGGUCAUGUUGAGGAAAUUGCGUAUGAUCCUAAGGUGUCACACACGAAGGACUACAUACGAGCUCUGAUCACUUUUGAUACAGAGAACCCGGCGAAAGCAUCUCAGAAGCUUACAGUGAGCAAAGAGGAAACAGUUACCAUUGAGUUUGAGUACGAGAGGAUUCAUAAAAAAUGCUACCACUGCUUUCGUCUUACCCAUGAGAAGUUCAGGUGUCCUAUGUUGAAGAAGGGACCUAAACAACAGGCCGCGGCAUCUUCAUCUAAUGGUUCUCACGGCAAGACCCAAGAGGAACUAGUUCCUGCUCCUGUUGCUCAACCAUCCUUGGAUAGCCCUCCUGGUUUUCCUCCUCUGUUUCCUGAGCUUCCCCCUCAAGAGAGAAAGCAAGCCUUAAUAUAUAUUUCCCACUCUGAUAGUACGGAGAGACAAGCUAGGAUCAUGCGUGUCCGACAAUCCAUUGAGGACCAAAGACAAUCGCAUACUGCGAUCCUUACAAGGUUCACUUCUGACUUGGAGAAAGGAAAAGGUCAUGUCUUCUCAUACCCAGACUCUGACCAACUCCCCCAUGAUCGCCAGAACCCGAGACAGACCUUGUCGCUUCCUGGGAUCAGAGACAAAGAUGCGCAAGAAGCUUCAUCAGAAUCUGAAAGCUCUGGUGCUGCUAUGAACUUAAUGUCCUCUAUUUCUACGGGUUUCCAGAUUGGUCAGUCUGACAAGACACCAUCUGCCGGUGAUAGUAGUGCUAUUAAGGGAGCACUGAGGCAGUUCAAACUAUCCGAGAAGUUCGUCGGCGAUGCUUUCCGGAUAUUGUGUUUUUUGAUGGAGACUAAACAAAAGUUUGAGUACAUGUCAGGGUUACAAAAGAGUUUGGGUUACGAUAAGAUUUUUACGGUUGAACCUCGUGGUCUUAGUGGAGGUUUGGCGGUUCUCUGGAAGGAUAGUUACAACAUUGAGAUUCUUUCUGGAGAUAGCAUAAUUAUUGAUUUGAAAGUUACUUGCCGUUCGAUGUCUUUUUUCCUCUCGUGCGUCUAUGGCGACCCAGUGAGAGCGAGAAGACAAGAUGUUUGGGAUAGGCUGACUGAUAUUGGAGUUGGAAGAGAUGAAGCUUGGUUGUUGACAGGGGAUUUCAAUGAACACAUGUCUAACGAUGACAAACUAGGUGGUGUGUUGCGUGAUGAGUCCACUUUCUGUGGCUUCAAAAACAUGGCUCUGUUCUGUAAAAUCAGAGAAUUACGAAGCUCAGGGAAUGUACUUUCUUGGCACGGUUGGCGUGAUGGAGUCUGGGUUCAGUGUCGACUGGACAGGUGUUUUGGGAAUGAUGAAUGGUUUAAUCUAUUUCCAAGAUCGAGUGUUGAGUACGGUGGGAUGUGGGGAUCUGAUCACAGAGAUCUACUCAUUGGUUUCACGAUGGAACAAAAGGAGCUUAACAGGGGGAGAUUCUACCUUGAUAAUAGAAUGUUCUCAAAACCAGGGUUUGAGGAGGCGAUAGUGGAAGGCUGGGGCUUGAGUGAUGGUCAAGCAAACCUCAUGGAUCGUAUAGCUAGCUGUAGAAGGGAAAUAUCCAGAUGGAGGAAAUCCUCAGACCUUAACUCACAUGAGAGGAUCGUUCGCCUUAAAGCAGCUUACGAGAUUGAAUUUUCUAAGGUUUUUCCCUCUCGUGUGAUAAUGAAAAGUUUGAAGCAGCAGCUGGCUGAAGCUUACAUGGAGGAGGAGUUCUUUUGGAGACAAAAAUGUCGAGAGGAGUGGCUAAAAGAUGGUGAUCGCAACACCAAAUACUUUCACAAUGUUGUCAAGGGUCGCAAAGUGAGAAACAGAAUUCUAAUGCUACUUGACGAUCUGGGAAGAGAACAUUUCUCUGAAGGCUCCAAAGGUGAAAUAGCGGUUGAGUAUUUUCGAGAGCUGUUCCUCAGUACGAACCCUUUCGACUUGGAGUUUCUGUUUACUGAUUUCCCCAGCCGUAUUACAAGUGAGAUGAAUGAAGGUCUCACGGCUGCUGUUUCGGUUGAGGAAAUUAGAAAAGCUGCAAUGUGUGUGAAGGGUGGAAGCGCUCCUGGUGAAGAUAGGCUUACUGGUUCCUUCUAUCACAAGUAUUGGCAUAUUGUUGGUCUGGCGAUUACAAAGGAGAUUCUGCAGUUCUUCGAGACUUCAGUCAUGCCAGAUGGUUGGAACCAUACCCAAUUAAGCUUAAUUCCGAAGAUCACUAGUCCAGUUCAGAUGCAAGAUAUGAGACCCAUUAGCUUGUGCUCGAGACUCAGGGAGCCUUUGUCGGGUCGUCUAAUCUCUGAUAAUAUUAUCAUCGCUAGUGAGAUGAUCCACUCGUUGCAUACUAAUGAGAGAGUCUCGGAGGAGUUCAUGGCUGUCAAAACCGAUAUGUUGAAAGCAUACGACCGAGUAGAGUGGAGUUUCCUAGAGACUUUAUUGGAAAGAAUGGGUUUUGAUCGAGUCUGGGUUCGGUGGAUCAUGACUUGUGUCAACUCUGUUUCUUACUCGGUUAUGUUGAACGGGAGCUCACAUGGAUAUAUCAGACCAGAGCACGGAUUGAGACAAGGAGACCCACUAUCUCCUUUCUUAUUUAUCUUAUGCUCGGAAGCUCUCGUCAACUGCUUGAAUACCUCAGCUGCUACUGGUCAUCUUCAUGGCAUCCAGAUAGGGCAACAGGGUCCUGCAGUUCACCAUCUCCUUUUUGCAGAUGAUAGCUUACUGAUAUGUAAAGCUAAUGCUCAAGAAGCAUCGGAGAUUAUCAGUUGCCUAAAGCGGUACAGUGACGCCUCUGGUCAAAGAAUUAAUUUUCAAAAAUCUUCGAUCAUCUUUGGCUCGAAAGUGGUUAAUGCAGUUAAGGAUGAGGUUAAGCAGACCUUGGGUAUUGAAUCGGAGGGGGGAGACGGGACUUAUCUUGGGCUUCCUGAGUGCUUCAGUGGCUCUAAGCGCCAGCUGCUUGGGUUCUUACGUGAAAAGCUUCAAGGUCGUCUCAAUGGGUGGUUUGCGAAAUCCCUUUCUCAAGGGGGUAAAGAGAUUCUCCUUAAGUCUAUCUGCUUGGUGCUUCCCAUCUAUGUCAUGUCUUGCUUUCGACUUCCGAAAGAUACAUGUGCUAAGCUACGAAGUGCGAUGAUCAAAUUCUGGUGGAGUACUGGUAAUAACCGGAAGAAGAUUGCGUGGGUGUCCUGGCAAAAGCUUUGCAAAUCCAAGAAACAAGGAGGGUUGGGUUUCAAAGAUCUGGAGAAAUUUAAUCAAGCCUUACUAGCCAAGCAAGCAGCUAGAGUUUUUAAUAAUCCGGAGUCUCUUCUAGCCCAAGUGCUAAAGCAACGGUAUUUCAAAAAUAACUCUUUCCUUGAGUGUGGCCUAGGCUCGCGACCUUCAUUUGCGUGGAGAAGCAUAUUGCAUGGGCGAGAACUUUUGCAACAGGGCUUGAUGACGAAAAUUGGUAAUGGUGUGGGUACCAAAGUGUGGUGGGAUCGUUGGAUUCUCGAUGGAGCUCCCCGAGUUCCAGAGUAUAGAGAGGGCUCUGUUGUUGACCUUACUCUUACAGUUGAGGAUCUUAUUGAUCAUAACUCACGGGUCUGGGACAAAGCGCUUGUCGAAGAGACGUUUUCACACAAAGAUGCAGGGAUUAUAUUGAAGCAGAAGCUCGACCUUGAUCGUCCAGAUGCAGUGGUGUGGAGCCUCACUAAGAAUGGAAGAUACUCAUCCAAGAGUGGAUAUGAUUUGCUUGACUCGCUCGAGGAACUAGCCUCUCCGUCUCCUCCAGUCCCUCCAAUUGAACAACAGCUCUGGCAAGCUCUAUGGAAAACGAAAACGUCUCCGAAGCUUCGUCACUUUCUUUGGCGCAUUCGAUCGGGAGCUCUGGCUGUUAAAGAGAGACUGAGCACAAGAGGUAUUCACUUGAACACAACGUGUCCCUCGUGUAACGAUGGAACGGAAGACAUUGGUCAUGUCCUCUUUCACUGCCGGUUUGCGCAAGAUGUUUGGGCUUUGUCUUCAGUUCCAAUGCCGCCUUCUGGUUCUUGGUCUACCUCUGUGUUCCUCAAUCUAUAUCACCUAAUAGCUUGCAGUAAAAAGAGUGAUCAGAAUCCGGAGGCAGGUCUUAUUUUCCCUUGGAUUCUGUGGCACAUAUGGAAAGCUAGGAACAGCUUCUGUUUUGAGCAUAUUCGCUUGGACCCAGCGGUGAUAUUGGAUAAGGCUACAGUAGAAGCGGAAAUUUGGAGAAAGCUUCAGAACCCAGGGCAAGCUAGAGCUCAUGUCUCCGCAGUGCAAGAUUUGACUCCUGUUGUUUGGACUAAACCUCCGCAGAACUGGGUCAAAUGUAACGUUGCUUCAUCGUGGGCUCCAAAUAUUUCCCUCAGUGGAGGUGCAUGGGUUGUUAGAAAUGAUGCAGGUGCAGUGAUUUUCCAUAGCAGAAGAUCCUUUAGUAACCUGGAGACUACAUUGCUCGCUGAUCUUAUCUCUCUCCAACGGGCGGUGGAGGCAAUGGCUAGUCUAAGAGUUGACAAUGUUUUCUUUGAAACAUCAUCUUUUGUGCUUCAAGAGGCCUUUCAUAGAAGAUCCCUGUCUCCACAGAUUAACCAACUGGUAUCAGGUAUUCUUCAGAGCCUCAAUUCCCUUUCAAAUUGGAGGUUAGAACAUGUGGAGAAUGGGAGGAACAGAGUUGCUGGUCUUAUUGCUCAAAGUGUCACUUCCGACCUCCGAUUUCACUCGUAUGUAGCAACAGGGGGUCCGUCCUGGUUCCACUCUCUGCUUGCUCAGGAAGCGUCUACAAACUUUCCACAAAAUCUUUCCUAG